CAUGUGUGUGAGUCUGGGGGAUGAAAACAUGUGAGAAGAAAGAAUGUGUUACAGUGUGAGUCUGACUGGAGUGAGGAGUGGGAUAAGAUUUACAGAGGGAGACAAAACACAUUUUGCACUGGGAGUGAAUAAUCUGUUGUAAUCUGAAUGUACUGUUUUCAAAUUGUAGUUUAUGGUGUUCAUCUCUAGUGACAGUCAGGAGGAAGUGACUGCGACGUCUGAAGUGACAAACAAUGAGGAAUUCACUCCAAAGAAAAAGAACCUCCAGCUCAACCCUUACUAAAGCCAACAUGCUUCCACAUAUGGCUCAAAUCAACACCAGGCCAGUGUGUUUGUCUCAGAUGAGCAGUGUUUUCACCAGUGUCCCACCACUAUUUGGAACAGCACAAGCUUUCCUGCUGAGACUAGCCCAAAUUGAAGCUCAGCUGGUUUUGAACUUGAUUAGUAAUGUUGUAGCUAUAAAUAAAAGUGGUUAUGGAAACCCUCUUGUUGCUUUAAAUCUCCUACAGCCUGUUGGCAUUCAAAGAUCCCCAUUUUUGAGCAUGUACCAGCGCCCAUGUUUAAAAAACAUGGAUUCCAUAUCUCACAUGGUUAGUCACCCCUCAACAACAGUCACCGAAAUUAAUUCAGUCACUGCCAAUAAGGAAAGUGGUGCCCUUUUAACAAAAGAAACAAUUCAGGAGAAAGCACUAGGUCCCUUUAUGAAUAACACAGCAUUGCCACUGCCAACAUCUGAGGAAGCUCUUGUUAGAUCCAACCAUCUUGGCAAGCAUUUUUCCUUAAAACCACAUGUGGAGUGUUCUCAGUACCGGUCGAUGACAGCCAAAUCAAUGACGCCUCCUGACAGACCACAGAUUGAAGAAGCCGAGCCAAAGCAACAAACAAUGCUACAUUUUCCUACAGAAAAUCUGAUCAAAGCUUUAUCCAGCCUCGGCCUUUCUCUUGAGGAUCUAGAAGUACUCAGUCACUGUCCAGACAAUGAGUUGACAACAGAGAAACUUCCCUUCAUUAUACAAGACAUUCAACAGCGCAAAGGAACAAAGGACAUUAAAUAUGGUCAUGCUCAAUGGAACUCAUCUGAUCAAGUGGAAUCAUCCAGAGAGUCAUCAUACGCUAACGGGGAACAGAGGAAUCAGAGGAUUAUAAAUGGUGAUUGGCAAGAAUCCCAUUCCCACAGAUCCCUCAGCCCUGGAAGAUGCCGCACAUCUGAAGUCAUUUAUGAGCACUUCUCAACCCAGUCUAGAACACUGAAAAGAAUAAGACAUUCGUCAGGAAGAAGAUCAGAUUCCAUCCUGAAGAGGCUGCAACAUGGGCCUGCUAAAGUCACCAGGUGGAGGCCUGGUUCAGAUUUUCCACCUCACUCAAAAUGCAGCAUUAGGCACAGCUUUGCCUCUGUAGACUGUAAUAAAAUGAGAAAUUAUACUACACAAAGCCCCUUGUCCUCUUCGCACAGAUCCACCACUUAUAAUGCCAUGACAAACGGUCAUCAUCGGUUUUCAUUUCCAAUCAAAUCUACAAAAUCAGAAGUAACCACUGAGUCCAUCAACAAUCAGAUGCCAGUACCUAAGACGACUGCAAAAACAUCAGCACAAACUAAGGGUGUGAUUCGUGUGUCUGGAAUCAGUAUUGAUUACUCUGAGAGUGAACUCAUCAAAAUGGCAUCUCCAUUUGGUCACUGUGUUGAGGUUUUAAUGGCAGCUGAGGUUGACACAGCAACCUGUCUAGAAUGGAACAAGGCUUUACUGAUGUUUCCAACUGAAUUCUCAGCCCAGGAGAUGGUAAAGGUUUACUCUGCGAUCCCAGUUCACAUGAGACAGCAAAGUUUGGAGCUGGUGUCCCAAACUGUUGACUUUAGUUCACCUGUAUCAGUGUUUCAUGCUUUUGUGGGACCAUCAUUGUCAAAUGGCCUGCUGACGCCUUCGGACCAUUUGCUGGUUGUAUAUAAUGUUCCCAAUCAGCCCAGUGCUGCUACAGGAGUGCUACGGCUGCUAAAGCCUUUUGGACAAGUUUUCAGAGCUCUGUUACUUCAUGGAAACAAAGUGGAUGUUGAACAGCGCCUUGGGAACAACAGCAGCAUCCAGAUGGUUUUAGAGAUGGAAUCUGCUUCUGUUGCUUUAUCUGUAUAUGAGUGGUCUCAAAAAAUUCCUUGUGUUUAUCACAACCAUCAUCUCGUUUUUAUCAGAGGAUGUAAUAUACAGAAAAAUACAUGCAAGGUCAAUUCAGCCUAAUAUUCUCAGUUUUGUCAUAAGAAGGUCAUAAGAAGAAUUGUUUGUCUUUUUCCUUUUAUAAUGUUAUACAUUUUUUAAAAAGCAGAAGUUAACAAUUAAAAAUUUUAAUCUAAGACAUAUUAACUACAGUCACCUCUAUACCCAUGGUAACGGAAGUCCUGGAAAUAUCAUGGAAUAUUUAUUUAGACUUAAAAAUCCAGUAAUAAAACUCAGCUAAGGUCAUUUGGAAUGCAUAGAUCAAAAAUGUAAAAUAUAUAUAUAUUUUCUCAAUAGAUUAGUUCAAAAUUAUGCAUUAUAUAACAUGGUUGUUUGAUUUUAAUUGUCAGAUACUGUUAAAAAAAAGUCAAGAUCACUCCAGUGACAAAGUCACAGUUUAAAAAAUAACCAUUUACUCACCUUCACAUUUUCAAAUCUAAUCACAUUUUUAUUUCAUAUUUUUCCAAGAAAUUAUAAUUUAUGCUUUUCCCCAUACAAUAACAGCAUUAGUAACCAGGGGCCACAUAAAUUCUAAAAAGUGCACCAUAUUCAGAAAUUUUGAUGUUGAUUGAUAUUAUGCAACAAGUUUAAAAAUGUCUCUGUACAUAUGCACAUAAGAUUUGAGAGUUGUGCCAGGGCCAGAUUUUCACCCCACAAUGCACUUCAGUUCAGGGACAGUUCACACAAUUGUAUUAAAAAAAAUCAUAAUUUACUCACGCUCUAGUUGUUCCAAACGUCUACAAUUUUAUUUCUUCUGCCAUAUGUAAGACCAACACAAGCAAUGUAUCGUCAAAAGAAGUCGUUCCCUGACCGGGAAUCGAACCCGGGCCGCGGCGGUGAGAGCGCCGAAUCCUAACCACUAGACCACCAGGGAGCGGUGCGGAACUUCUGAUAAAUAUGGUAGUAGUCAACUCACUAAAAUGUCAUCACCCUCGCUGAUGUAAACAUGCAACCCGUCACGUGCCAUUUUGCUGUUUCUGUCAAUAUAUAGUAGACCUACGGCCUGCUAUGUAGUAUUCAGUAGGGAGUUACGUUUGUUUAUAACAUCUGGGUCAUUGUUCUCUACCUAAAAUGCUGAGUGUCUUUGUACUAAUUUGUUUUUUAAUCACCUAGGUUGUUGUAUAUCAAACAUUUGAGUGGGUUAUAUCAGAUCUGGGUUAAUCACACUAUUUUAUAAGAGGUUACACCACAUGAUGCAUUAUCCAAACUAAGCGACUUGCAGCGCAUCUGUCCAAAUAAAACAACCAUGUUCUUACAUUUGGUUUUUGUCAGUGCUUGUGUUUUGGAAGCUGUUAUGUUCCAAGCC